AUGCCUAUCAGCAUUGCUAUAUGCGGCGCCGGGCCUGCGGGUCUCACACUUGCACGUCUUCUCCAAGUGUCUAGGAUCGACGUCUCGGUCUCGGUCUUCGAAAGGGACCCAUCGCCCAAGUCACGACAGCAGCAAGGAGGCACGUUAGACUUGCACCCGGACACCGGCCUCGCCGCACUACGCCAGGCAGGACUGUUCGAAACUGCCUCCCAAUAUCUUCGAUACGACGGCGAAGAGAUGACUAUCGCCGACAAAAACGCAACCGUGUUCGUCCACAUGAAGGAGCAGCCCAAAUGGGCCGACAAUAAAUUCGCCCGGCCAGAGAUCGACCGUGAAGUCCUGAAAGAUGUUUUGCUGGAGAGUGUCGAAGCCUCUUGGAUCAAAUGGGGAAAGGUCCUGGAGUCAGUUGAGGAGAGCACGAGAGUGUUGACGUUCCGCGACGGGUCCAUGGCCGGGCCAUUCGAUUUAGUCGUUGGGGCAGACGGUGCGUGGUCGAAGGUUCGACAUGUUCUCAGCAACGCCCGUCCUCAGUACGCUGGGAUAUGUGGCUUUGCAGGGUCUAUCCCAGCCCCGAACAGAGACUUCCCAGAUAUCUCCAAGCAAGUUGGUAGGGGAAUGUACAUGGCGUUUUCUGACAAGCAGAGUCUCAUGGCACAGAGGCUGGGAAACGAGAGCUUGAACAUCAGCACAUGGUAUAGCAAAGAAGAGAAUCACGCUGCGGACAUUGUUGCCACUUACGGUUCAGACGAACAAAGGCUCAAGCAGAAGAUCAUGGACCAUUACCAAAGCUGGGCGAUGGAGUUGAAGCAGUGGAUUGAAGCAGGCUCGGAUUAUCAAGCUCGGAAUCUGUAUGAGCUGCCUGUCGGCCAUUCCUGGGCGCAUAAGAGGGGAUACACCCUGGUAGGCGAUGCCGCCAGCCUCAUGACCCCGUUUGCAGGCGAGGGAGUGAACAAGGCAAUGAAGGACAGCCUGGUACUGUGUGACGCCAUAAAAGACGCACUGCUACAAGACAGCGGGGCUACUAGCGAUGUCGACAUUGAUGUCAAUCUCGACAAGCUCGGUUGGGCAGUACAACAGUACGAGACUGAAAUGUUCCCUCGCGCAAAGUUCUGGCAGGAAGAAACGAUGAAGAACAAGAUGCUGAUGUUCAGUGAAGGCAGCCCACCGGAAUUCCUUGCUGAAAUGGCGCUGGUGGUCUUCAGAGAGGUGGGCAUCGACUUGAGUAAAGGCUUGUGGUUUCUUCUUCCUAUCCGCUUCUGUGCGAUAUGGAUUGCCCGAGUGGUUCAGGGGGUUGGGGCAUGCCGGAGGGCGAUCCGUGAGUGGUAUCGAAAAUGA